UUUUCUCCUCGUAGCUUCUUUAAAUCACUCUGUGGGCUUCUUUUCCCCUAACAUAAAAAUAUGAUUAGUGUUUGAUGGAAAUCUGUCCAAAUAUGAAAGUUUGAGCGGACUUUUAAACUUUAGCUCAAAACUCCGCGGUUCACGCAGUUAAAAACAAACUUAUUUCAGUUUUGUGGGAGUUAUGGUCGUAUUUUACGUUUACAGUUGCGUUAGUAAUGAUUUCCUAAAGUUAAAAGUGUUACUCACAUGUUUUUCUCCGCUCUCCGGACGGGCUUUUUGCUGCGUGUUUUCGCUCCGUGUUUUCGAACAUCUGACUACCGACGCGCGGUGCAUGUUUGGAUACUGAAGGCUGCGAAGGAUACUCGGAUGUGUCCUCCAUCUCCAUGGAAACGAGGCUGCAUUUUAAGGCUGCAUGACAUAAAAAUGAAAUGGAACAGGCCUUGUUUCACCGGAAGUGACGUAUGCGGCCUUAAACAGAACAAGCAGCCAAAGAGCCUGCUCUGAUCACACAGAACAUCAACAGACUUUCAAUACACUCGAGAGCCAAAACUAGGAGUAUAUAAUAGCAGCUGCUGAUAAAUUUGUCCACUAUAGCAAGAUGCAACGCAUAAGAGAAGGUAUCCACAUUCGCACUAUGAAAGCCAAAAGGAAAGUGGAGGAGAUCUCCAAAGAGGACAUUCAGGCUUUCUUUAAGAAGAAUGCAUUUGUACUCUUCACAGUUGGAGCAGUGGUUGUAGGGAUAAUCUUGGGGUUUGCCCUCCGGCCUUAUAAAAUGUCCUACAGGGAAGUGAAGUACUUCUCGUUUCCUGGAGAACUGUUGAUGCGAAUGCUUCAGAUGCUGGUGCUGCCUCUACUCAUCUCUAGUCUAAUCACAGGAAUGGCUGCUCUGGACAGCAAAGCUUCAGGCAAAAUGGGCAUGCGAGCAGUCAUUUACUAUAUGACCACAACUUUCAUCGCUGUCUUUAUUGGGAUUUUGGUGGUCCUCAUCAUUCAUCCGGGAAGAGGAUCUAAGGAUGAGUUUGGAAAGCAGCAGACAAUAGAACAAGUUAGUCCAGCAGAUGCCUUCCUAGAUUUGAUCAGGAACAUGUUUCCUCCAAACUUAGUUCAAGCAUGCACACAGCAGUUCAAAACCAAAUAUGGGAAGAGAACAUUUCACGUGUCAGUAACAGUGAACGACACACUACUGAACUCGACCAACGGCACGCAGGAGUUGAUGGAGGUCACCCGGGAGGAGGUGAUCCCGGUGCCAGGGCAAGUAAGUGGUGUCAAUGCCCUGGGGCUGGUGGUGUUCUCCAUGUGCUUUGGUUUAAUAAUUGGAAACAUGAAGGAGCAAGGUCAGCUCUUGAGGGACUUUUUCGACAGUCUCAAUGAAGCCAUCAUGCAGCUUGUUGCUAUAAUUAUGUGGUAUGCUCCUGUCGGGAUACUCUUUCUUAUCGCAGGGAAGAUUGUUGAGAUGGAUGACCUGACACAGAUGGGUGGACAGUUGGGCAUGUACACAAUCACGGUCAUUAUUGGCCUCCUAAUCCAUGCUGUCCUUAUUCUCCCCACUCUCUAUUUUGUAAUCACAAGACAGAACCCAUUUCUCUUCAUUGCUGGGCUUCUACAGGCUCUGAUAACUGCUCUAGGAACUUCAUCCAGCUCAGCGACACUGCCCGUCACCUUCAAAUGUUUGGAGGAAAACAACAGAAUUGACAAGCGAAUCACUCGUUUUGUGCUGCCAGUUGGAGCAACCAUCAACAUGGAUGGGACAGCUCUGUAUGAGGCACUGGCAGCCAUCUUUAUUGCUCAGGUCAACAAUAUGGAGAUGAACUUUGGUCAGAUAAUUACAAUUAGUAUCACAGCGACAGCAGCCAGUAUUGGUGCUGCAGGGAUCCCUCAGGCCGGCCUGGUCACCAUGGUGAUUGUUCUGACCUCUGUGGGACUUCCUACUGACGACAUCACCCUCAUCAUUGCAGUUGAUUGGUUCCUUGACCGUCUGCGCACCACCACUAAUGUUUUGGGUGAUUCCAUUGGAGCGGGCAUUGUGGAGUUUUUGUCCCGGCACGAGCUCCGCAGCAGAGAUGUGGAGAUGGGCAACUCUGUGCUGGAGGAAAAGGAGAGGAAGAAACCAUACAAACUUAUCUCCCAGGAUUGUGAUCUGGACAAUGACAAGCACAGGCACAGUGAAUCUAAUGUGUAGGUCUUGAAUGCAAGUGAGGGAUAAGGAAUACAGAGUUUACUUAGUCUGAUUUCAAGUCUGUUUGAUGUGUGGUUGUGAACAUUAUAAUCACUGACAAAACAAGGGAUAAGACUAAUGAAUAAUGUUUCAUGUUUGUUCAACCUGUAUUAUGCUCUUUCUUUUAGAUUGUUUAGGUUUAGAAUGAUAGUACAUUUUCAGUAGAAUAGAAUCAAUGUUAAAAUACUGAAUGGUGA